CAAAAACUGAGAAGAGGAAGUAACACAUUCUUACAAUGGCUUCAACCAUGUUUUCCACGAGGAGACUUUCUAUACUUAUCCUCUCACUGAUGACAGCUUAUGACUGCAAUCCUGGAGCAAAGGAAUGCAAUGAAGAAUGGGUUGAAUUUAAAUAUGAAAUGAAAAGCUGUCCAAAUGAAAUGGCUAAAAGAACUCUCACUGUGACCAUCAAACAUGGGGACAAGGUUCCAACGUGUUACUCACAAUCGACUUCAUCAUCAGGGAACAGUGAGUGCCUAAAACCAUUUGUUCAGACUGCUUACGAAACAGAUAAAACCACCAUCAUAUGUGACCCGGGAAAACAAUACACGCCCAAGCCCUUGUUGUUUUUCUGCAAAGAAGACGGUUUAACCUGUGAAGAUAUUUUAUCAAGAAAUCCAGACAGGAUAUUCUCUCACAUAGACACCAAGACUGUCUUCAACAUAUCCAUCUGUAAUGUGUCCUCAAAGGAUGAAGGUGUCUACUGGUGUGGAGGAAAAUCAAAAGACGAAGAUAAUAAAAUGAAACUCAAAAAGAUCCAGCUAGGUGUUAGCGAUAUUACAAAGUUAAAAAGAUCACCGAAGGCUGGACAGAACUUCACAUACUGGUGUAGCUACAGCAAAGUUAAUGGUGUCUCAUCCUCAACAAAGUUCAUCUGCAAGGGGGAAGAUACAUCAACAUGUCAACGUCUAGUAAACACCACAAAGGCUGAUGUCAACAACAGGAUUUCUAUGAAAGAUGACAAAGCAAAGAAAAAUAUCACCAUAACAAUGAGAGAAGUAACAACAGGUGACAGCAGGACAUACUGGUGUGGAGUAGAAACUGACAGUCAAUGCAGCAGCACAUUCAUCAACAAAGCGACGGUGACUGUGGGUGUUCCUAAUCUAGUCAUUGGUGUGAUCGUCUGUGGAGCUGUGCUGCUGCUUGUGAUAGUUUGGAUCCUCGUCUAUAAACGAUUUUCAUGUUCAAGAAACCCAAGCAAUGCAGGUGCAGAACAGCAUUACAAAGAGGAUCAUGUCUAUGAGGAGAUAGAGGAACGCUUCCAGAAACCAGACUCACAAAAUACAAUGAACGCAGUUUAUGUGACUGUCGGCCAUCCUACAAACGACCCUGCCUUGCUGCAUUACUCUACCGUCCACUUUCAAAACAGCGCUGACGAGACAGGCGGGGAGGCACUGAUCCACAAACCCAGCUCAUCUGCCUGCCAAUAUUCUCCUCUAAAGUACAACAACACGCAAACAUCCUCGACAAUCUAUCAGCCAUCAACACCAGCCCAGGAUCCCCUCUACUCAACAAUCAAGAAGCCACGGCAGCAAUGAACAUUUUCUAAAAUGUACGCUCAAUAAUUCAUUACAUUUAGGUGUGGUCCAGACUUCAGGGAUUUAACCAAGCUGUUUGUUUAGAGAAAUGGCCUAAGUGAUGUUUAAGACAUGUUGUGCUCUGGCACAACUAUGGUGUAAAAUAUAUUACUAAGAAUAUGAAGAAUGUGAUGCUUCUCAUGGAAGCACCAUUUAUGGGAUUGUACACUGCCUUCUACAACAUGAUCGGGGGGGAGGGGAACAAAGGUGUGUCCUUUGUUCACCACCGAGGUCACAAAUUCAAGUUGCAGGUUAAAUGACUAUAGACUAUAGAUGACAACAACAAAGCUCAAGUAUUUCAUUGAUUUCAAUCACUACAUACACUGGCAUGGUUGAAGUCUUCUAUGCUUAGUCAAGGUAUGUACCAGGUAAACUAAUUAGGCCCAGUUACAUUACCCAGUCACGUCCAAAAAGAGAAGAGUGUGGUUAGCGUCCUGAUUUGCCAGUCAUGCUGUUGCUGGGUUGCAAAGUCCAAUCGAUGGUGUCCUUGUUGAAAGAACUACAGCUGUCCUGGUUGUGUAGUUCCAGUUUUGUUGAGGAGAGUACUUGGUUCUCCUUGAAGAGUUGAAUAGUUGUUCUGUUUUGUGGCUCUGUUGCUUGUUAACUCAAUUAGCACGGCAAGGCAGGGCUCGGCACAGUUCGGGUCUGUUUCCAUUACAACUGAGUACCACAUAGUACCUCGUUGACGUGGGUGGGGUCGUCAUAACACGGCUGCGCGAAACUGCCGUGACGUCAUUUAGACCAGAACAACAACAGACGAUAGAACACGAACUGCAAAAACUCGAUGUUUGAGGGUAAGCAAAUGGUUGCUAAAGCUAGCAUGGUAGCCUUUACAUUGUACAAUAAUGGCUGCAGGCUUGGUUUUAAAAAGUGGUGGGGUCGGGUCUUGUGUUUAUUUACAGUCUGGUUGGUCAUUACGCGCUUAUGACGCUUCCAGUGACGACAUUUGUCGGCCAAUCAGUGGAAGGCAGUCGGCUGACGUUAUAUUUUAGUAUCGCUUUGGCUUGCUUGGAACCACGGCUGAGGUGAUACCAAAAUAGUACCUGGUACCAAGUACUACGUGCUAUUGUGCCGCGCUGUACCGUACCUAACCAUGCCGGUGGAAAUGCGCCAUUUGUUUUGUGUUUGUUGGUUCCGUCCUUAAAUUCUUUGGUAGGCACUUGCAUCGCUACCAAGGUCCAGUCCAGGCCUCUGCUUUGUGCAGGCCUGAUGGAAGUUGGAGAGCUGUAGCAGUUUUAUUGGCUUGAUGACCUCAGAGGUCUUGGCCAUACAGUGACCAAUGGGGGUCACACACAGGUUUCACACCUAGGUGUGAAAAGGUGAAGGUUGCUGGGAGGUUGAGUCCAAAGGCCUUCUUUGUCUGGGGAACAAAAAGAGAACCAUACGACCUUGUCCUCCAUUUUGAAUAGAGUGAGUCCCAACAGACACAAAAGAAAGCAAUCAAUACUUUGGUUAAUAUCAUCAGCUGAUCUAACUAAAGACUAAAUACUGAGAACCCCAUGUAACCUUAUUUAACUAUGUUUGUUAUUAGUGCUAAUGUCAACAUUCCAGCUUUCACUUUCAUUCAAGAUGUCCAAUAUACCGCCUUCUGCCUAACAAAUGCUAGCACGAUAGCAUGCUCACAAAAGGAUUCAGCUCAAAGCAGGUCAGUCCCAAGUACAGAUGUCUUAUCUACAUGUCUGAUUUUUUUAGUGAGUGUGAAAGCAGCGUUAGAGUCUGUCUUGUCUCAGGUGUGCAGAUGUGAUUUUGAUUUGAUUAAAUGUUUGCUCGUUUUCAAAAUUAACUUUCUCGCACAAGCGUCAAUAUAUAUUCUUGAAACAAAGAGCAGUGGUUUAACGUGAUUAAAUAUUACACUUUUUUAGUAUGUUUACUACAUAGUUGAAUUCAUGUACGCCGUAGAUACAGGGAUGUGCUGUGACCACAUUUUCGGGGUGAAAUGAAAACACUG